GCUUUCAACUGCUCUAAAAAUCUCAAGCUUGGCUAAUAAUUACUUAAUAUUCGAUAUACUGGCUGACGUCUGGUUUUCUCAUUGGCCUUUCUCUGCUGUCGCUGCUCGAAUCUGGCUUCAACCCCACCCGCUAUGCCCGCUUGCUAGCUCGGUUGAACCGUGGAGUUAGUAGCUAGCUAGCUGACACUUUCCAAGACUCCAAUCCUCUGCCAGGUACUGCGGAGAUGGUGUCUGGUUCAGCAAUUGUCGCCUCCUGGCGACUAACCUCCGUCGUUGUCGCCUCUGCAUUGUCUUGUUUGGCGCACGCCACGCCGUCCGUCAAUGUUGCUCUCCAAGCAUCUUUCGAUUCCGCACCUUAUCUUAUUGAACUCCUUGAAACUGCAGCCGAAGAAAACUCGACAUCGUACUUCCCACUGCUCGAUCGAGUCGCCGAAGGAGCUUUUGAUGACGCGGUGACAGACAAGGAGCUGUAUGACCGUUUCCUUGAGGUGGUAAACACUGAUGGCCACCUGAGAACUCCUGAGGCACUUUCGUCUUUCAAAUUGUCGCUCGCUGUACGGUCCGCAAGUCCUCGGAUUGCCGCUCAUUAUCAGUACUACAAUGCCUCCGUGCAACACUCUUUGGCGGCGGCGCAAGACGCCGUCUGUCCAGUCUGGGUCCACGCAGAGGGCAAGCAGUAUUGCUCCUCUACCCUCGAGCGUGCCCAACAGGGUGUGAUGGGAACGAGUGACCCGUCAGAGCUUCCCUUCGAUCGUGUUUUCGGAGAUCCUUCCCUUCCCCCAGCGAUCCUCUAUGCGGACUUAGCGUCUCCCAUGUUUAAGGACUUUCACCAAUCUUUGACCGCUCUUGCCAGAGAAGGACAGUUUUCGUACCGUGUGCGAUACAGACCUCCGCAGCACUGGAGUUCGCGUCCUUUGUUCGUGUCGGGAUACGGUGUUGAACUUGCGUUGAAACGAACGGAUUACAUUGUCAUCGACGACAGGGCCGCUGAAGAAAGAGGCUCGGAUACUUCGGGCUCGCAGAUACCCAUGAACACGGAGGAAGAUGAUCUGGAUGAUUUGAGACCACUGUCUUCGUCGGAAGUCUCAAGGCUUGGCCCGGGCACUGUUGGCUAUGUACUGGACAGCCAGAGCCCUCUAGAUACUCUGGUCAAGCUGUCACAAGACUUCCCGAAGUACUCACCGAGGAUCGCAGCCUACAAUGUCACCCGAGACCUGUUACAAGAAAUCCAAUCAAGCCGGCUGCGGAUGCUCCCUCCGGGACUCAAUGCCUUGUGGAUCAAUGGCGUGCAGAUCGACGCGAGACAGGUUGAUGCCUUCACUCUCUUGGAUCAUCUGCGUCGUGAGAGAAAGCUGAUCGAGAAAUUCCGGAAUCUUGGCCUCACGGCCAGUGAGUCCGUGGAUCUGUUGUCUCACAAGUUCCUGGCAGCCGCAAUGGUUCAGGAUGGUCCUCAGCGGUACAACUACCGGGAUGAAAUCGAGGGCGGCAGUGUGAUAAUGUGGCUGAAUGACCUCGAAAAGGAUGCACGCUACGAAUCGUGGCCAAGCGACCUCGGCGGAUACAUGCAACGUGUAUUUCCUGGCCAAUUGCCCUCAGUUCGCCGUGAAGCAAAUAACGUUGUCAUUCCGGUUAACCUAGCCAACGCCGACGACGUCAACCUUAUUGUCAAAUCCAUACAGGUCUUUGUGAAGAACAAGAUCCCCGUCAGAUUCGGCUUGGUUCCGAUACCUUCUUCCACUAAGUCGAUUGCGCAGCUGAAAGUUGCUCACUACCUGCAAGAGACUUUUGGAUUGGGCAGCUUGAUGAGCUACUUGGAAACGUCAGCAUCCAAGAGCAAGCUAAGCACUCCGGAUAAGGCAGCCUUCCAGGCUGCCACCGCAAACCGCAAUGUUCGUCCUGAUAAGCAGCCUCUAUCCUUGGACGAGGUGCUCGAGAACGAUGCUCUAAAUACCAUAGUGAGCAAGACUAGUGGCUAUUUGAAACGUCUUGGUGUGACAGACGAUGCGUCCCACUCGUUUGUGAACGGUGUCCCGAUUCCUCGUAAAGAGAACUGGGCGCAGGAAUUGAGCGCUAGAGUCAGCCGCGAUAUUCAGGCAAUCCAACAGUCGAUCGCUGACGGAGAACUUGCCGAAGAUACAUGGUUACCUGGGCUGUUUCUCUCUGAUGCUUUUGACAGACGCAACCCUGUCAUCGUCCCCGAAGAUCCUAAGGACGUCCGGAUUAUCGACAUGGCGCAUGUUGGAGAGACGCAUGGCGAGCUUCUCGACUCCGUCCCUCGCAUACCAUCAACGCAGGACGAUGUGCUCGCUAGCAAUCAUGUGAUAGUUGUGGGUGACUUCAGCGAUGAACCUGGCUUUGAACUGCUAACCGCAGCGCUCGGAAGCCUUAAAGAUCAUGCUGAAGCGGAAGUGCUGCUCCUUCACAAUUCUGGUCCAAAUGCCACUAUUUGGACAGGGUCUUACACCAUUCAUCGUUAUUUAAAGAAGGAAGAUAGUGUUGAUGCCGCACAACUCUUGGAGAAGAUCACUGGAACCGAUGCAUGGCUUCGUGAGGACAGAAAGGAAGUCGAUGACUUCUGGGCUGCUCACGAGCCAUUGGUCAAGGGACUAGGACUUGCACCUGGUGCAAAUGCGAUCAUUGUCAAUGGAAGAGUCAUUGCAUUGCCAGUCGACAUCAAGCUAACCUCGGAGGACCUUGACCAGCUGUUGGCCUAUGAGAAGCAGAAGCGCGUCGCUCCCGUCGCCAAAGCUGCUAAAGCAUUGGGAUUUGAUGCGAAGCUGCGUGAUCCUCUUGCCCUUGCGAAGCUCACUUCCCUCGCGGCCCUUUCCACCGUCUCCGAUGUGCCAGAGGGCAUCUAUGAAUCGACACCUGAUGUCCGUGUGAACCUGUUUGAGCGGUGGGAUGAGUCGCGUUCCGUAGUCACUGUUUCCAACUCGGAUGAUCCUGCAAUCACUAUCGUGGCGUCUAUUGAUCCGACCUCGGACGUCGCUCAGAAGUGGUUGCCUAUUUUGAAGGUGCUCUCGGAAUUGGCCAAUGUGAGAAUGCGCCUCGUCCUCAACCCCCGAGACGAACUGCAGGAACUGCCGACUAAGCGAUUCUAUCGCUACGUGUUGGACUCGGAGCCUUCGUUCAACCAAGACGGAUCUGUCGCUCGUCCUACUGCCUCUUUCUCUGGUGUGCCUGUUGAAGCACUUCUUACGUUGGGUAUGGAUGUUCCAUCCUCGUGGCUCGUGGCUCCCAAAGACUCCGUUUACGAUCUUGACAACAUCAAGUUGAGCUCAGUGAAAGAGGGUACGGAUGUGGAUGCAAUCUACGCUCUGGAGCAUAUUUUGAUUGAAGGCCACUCUCGAGAUCUCACGACGAAAACACCACCGAGGGGAGUCCAGCUCAUUCUAGGAACUGAAGAGAAUCCCCAAAUCUCGGAUACCAUAAUCAUGGCUAAUCUGGGAUACUUCCAAUUCAAGGCCCAGCCGGGCCUCUGGGAAAUCAACCUCAAACCCGGUCGCAGCGAGCAGAUCUUCCGAUUGGACAGCCUUGGAAAUGAAGGCUACAGUCUCCAUUCCAACGACGACACGAGUAACGAAGUUGCUCUUCUUUCCUUCCAGGGCAAGAUUCUCUAUCCUCGUCUCUCCCGCAAGAAGGGCCAGGAAAUGGAAGAUGUGCUGGAGACGGGUGUUAAAUCCGGCAGCGCCAGGGAUUAUGUAUCCAAGGGCCUCAAUUUCGCUUCCGACAUUCUUUCCAGCGUGGGAAUCAACGGCUCACCCAAGGAUGCCGCCAGCGGCAAACAAGCCGACAUUAACAUCUUCUCCGUUGCGAGCGGGCACCUCUACGAACGAAUGCUCAACAUCAUGAUGGUCUCCGUCAUGCGCAACACCGAACACAGCGUCAAGUUCUGGUUCAUCGAGCAAUUCCUCUCCCCGUCCUUCAAGUCCUUCCUGCCGCACCUAGCAGCCGAGUACGGUUUCUCCUACGAAAUGGUGACCUACAAGUGGCCGCACUGGCUGCGCGCCCAGACGGAGAAACAGCGCGAGAUCUGGGGCUACAAGAUCUUGUUUUUAGACGUUCUCUUCCCCUUGAGCCUGGACAAGGUGAUCUUCGUGGACGCGGACCAGAUCGUCCGCACCGACAUGUACGAUCUCGUCUCGCUGGACCUCGAGGGCGCCCCCUACGGCUUCACCCCCAUGUGUGACUCGCGUCACGAGAUGGAGGGCUUCCGCUUUUGGAAGCAGGGAUACUGGAAAAACUUCCUGCGGGGCCAGCCCUACCACAUCUCGGCCCUGUACGUCGUCGAUCUCAGCCGCUUCCGCGCCCUGGCCGCCGGUGACCGCCUGCGCGGCCAGUACCAGAUGCUCUCCGCCGACCCUGGCAGCCUAAGCAACCUCGACCAGGACCUGCCUAACCACAUGCAGCAUUACAUACCCAUCAAGAGCCUGCCGCAGGAGUGGCUCUGGUGCGAGACCUGGUGCUCCGAUGAGUCCCUGGCCCAGGCCCGCACCAUUGACCUGUGCAACAACCCGUUGACCAAGGAGCCCAAGCUCGAGCGGGCUCGGCGGCAGGUCCCCGAGUGGACCGCGUACGAUGAAGAGAUUGCCGCACUGGGAAGACGGCUCAAGUUGCAGCAGGAAGCGGAGGGGGUCAAAGAGGAACCUGCUGCUGCUGCUGCUGCUGCGGAUGAUGAUGAGGGAUGGAAUAAAGAUGAGCUCUAGAAGAGCGGAAUCAGGCU